AUGGGGGAGGCCCUGGCCUCUCUGUGCUUCUGGGCGCGGGGUCACAUGUGCAAUACUUCCGCGCCGUGCCCUGACGCGGAGAAGGCCCCCGUCCCCCCGUUCCCGAGCAACGCGCCCACUGCCGCUAAUAGCCUCAACAACACCGCGAGGGAGGAGUUGGAGGCGGCAGUGGCGGGGGCGGGGGAGGGGGAGGGGGCGGGAGCGGGAGCGGGGGAGGAAGGAAGUGCGGCAACGCCCAAGUGCAGCAUGUCCGCCGACGCCGCAAGGAAGUCCUUUUUUGACUCCGUCUCCCGCCUCAGCUUCGAGAAGGUGCAGACGAUGGUGGGGCUCCUGGAUGGCCAGACGACGUCCUUCAACGAAUUCCAGCAGGAGCUGUGGGUCUAUGCCUCCCAU